AGUGACAAACACUCCUGUUGCGUGCAACUGUGCGGUGCCUUCAAUAAAACAACGCAGGUGAGCCCUGCCGCGACAGUCUCGUGCGUAACCUUCGCGGACGAACAACGGCCCAUGCUUCAGUUGCCGCUAGCAUGACGAGCUGACGCGCGAAAAAACUUGCCGCGAAAAAAAAACUCCGAAAUUUAAUCUGUGAUCCAAGUUUUAUUACCAGCCAGUGCCAAAAUUAAGUUUGUUCCACAAAUUGAGCGGGAAAAGCUUGACUUUUUUCUUUUUAAUUUAGUCACUUUUGUCGCAGUGAAAAUGGGGUUGAAGCCGUCGGAAGACAAGCGGCCCAGCAAGCUGGCCAUCAUGGAUGAUGAUGAUGUAUCCGACAAACCAAGCGGCCUCGGCACGCGGCACUGGGUGACGUUCAUGCUGUUCCUGGGCAUGGCCAACGCGUACGUGAUGCGGACCAACAUGUCCGUGGCCAUCGUGGCCAUGAUCAACCACACGGCCCUGCCCGUGCAGCAUGAGGCCAUGGAUACCGAGUGUGGAGUGCCGUAUAAUGCUAGCGACUCGGCGUCGCAGGACGGCCCCUACGUGUGGACGUCCACGCUGCAGGCCUACAUCCUCUCCUCCUUCUUCUACGGAUACGUCAUCACGCAGAUACCCUUCGGUAUUCUCUCUAAAAGGUUCGGCGCGCGCCUCUUCCUGGGCGUGGGCAUGCUGAUCAACUCCGUGUUCGCCUUCCUGGUGCCGGUGGCGGCCGAGGCGGGCUGGUUCUACCUCAUCAUCGUGCGCUUCAUACAGGGGCUCGGGGAGGGUCCCAUAGUGCCGUGCUCACACGCCAUGCUCGCCAAGUGGAUCCCGCCCAACGAGAGGAGCAGGAUGGGGGCCGCUGUAUAUGCUGGCGCCCAAUUCGGCACCGUGAUCUCGAUGCCUCUCUCUGGACUGCUCUCAGCCUACGGCUUCGCGGGCGGCUGGCCCUCCAUCUUCUACGUCUUUGGGCUAGUGGGAACCAUCUGGUCGCUGGCCUUCCUGUUCUUUGUGGCCGAAGACCCCGAGCAGAGCAAGACCAUCAAGGAGGUCGAGAAGAAGUAUAUUUUGAGCUCGCUGUGGGGCGCCGCUGGGUCUAGCUCGCCGCCGAUCCCGUGGACGAAGAUCCUGAAGUCGAUGCCGUUCUGGGCCAUCAUGCUGGCGCACAUGGGGCAGAACUACGGCUACGAGACGCUCAUGACCGAGCUGCCCACCUUCAUGCGGCAGGUGCUGCACUUCUCCAUCAAGGAUAACGGCUUCGUAUCCGCGCUGCCCUACCUGUGCAUGUGGUUCUUCUCCAUGUUCAUCUCGGUGGUGGCCGACUGGAUGCUGUCCAGCGGCCGCUUCAACCACACGCAGGUGCGCAAGAUCAUCAACUGCAUUGGUCAAUACGGCCCGGCGAUCGGUCUGUGCAUCGCGGCGAACACGGGCUGCAACCCCGCCGCCACCGUCGCCAUGCUGGCCGUGGGCUUGGGGCUCAACGGAGGCAUCUACUCUGGGUUCAAGGUGAACCACUUGGACAUCUCGCCCCGGUUCGCGGGCAUCCUGAUGGCGUUCACCAACUGCCUCGCCAAUGUCACGGGCCUGCUGGCGCCCGUCGUCGCCGGGUACAUCAUCGAGGGCAGGCCGACGCAAACGCAAUGGGCCAAGGUGUUCUACAUCGCUGCUGGAGUCUACAUCUUCUGUGCGACCUUCUACCUGUGCUUCGCGUCAGGCAGGAGACAGGAGUGGGACAACCCCUCUGAAGAUGAGGCCAUCGCCAAAAAGAAGGCCAACAAGAAACUAGCAAAGGAGGCCGCUAGCAACCAAGCCGAAACAACACACUGACGCUCCGCUUAAAUUUAGAAUGCUUCCGAUGGUUUAAAAUGAUACUGAAGCAUUUGUCUAUGGUUGUUUUAAAAAUAAAACGUUAUUUUGAAGUUCGAAUUUAAAAUGAAAAUUUAAGUUCGACCCGUUGCGAGUUCCAAGGUUUUCAGAUGAAAUUUUUGAAUAUAUUGGACCAUUGUUAAUCUUCACUUAGUUUUAAAUAUUGCGUAUACCUUCCUACAUAUUUAAAGGAUAUUAAAAUAAUGUGUCUAUCAAAAAUAUAAUUAACUAUACCUAAUUAGACGCACAUCAAGAAGGCUGUGAUACUACCGACAUGUAAGAAAUGGAACUUGCCUUGGGUCAUAAAUAAGUUUUAAGUAGUUUUAGUCCUUUAGUUGUAAAUUUAUUUAUUGUAGAGUCCUCAACUACCGAUAUAGUAUUUCAGGGAGUUUUUUAAGUAUGUAAGAUGUGUGUUAUACUUAGAUUUCUACCCAUGGGAUCUAUUUGAAAUUUACCCUCCAAGCAAUGGCUGUGGGUAUUUACUUUGUAUUUACGUAAAGCAUUACAUUAACUAUCUUUAUCUGUGUGCGAACAGUAUUAAAAAGGCUUAUUUAUCCUGACAGGUUGUUAAAGUUACCUACUUGAAUAUAUUUUAAAAAACUUUUAUACAAACACACAUCACAUUCUAAGGGCAAAUAUUUGAAAACAUACAUACGAAAGCCUACAAUUUUUUAUUCUAAUUCUAACUGCCUCAAGUCAAAAUAUUAUUGCCUUCCAUAAUCCAGCGAUCAACACAGGAGUUCAUUAAUUAAUUAUUUUAAGAUUGCUUUAGACUAGUUAUAAUUAUUAGUUUAUCGCUUUGUUUAGUGACAUUGCGCGCCAGAUGAUGUGAUUAUUCUGUUAUUGUUUUAAAAUGAUACAUUUUAUUUUAUGUAUAAACAGUAAACAUUACUACUUAUAGCUUCAGUUUUGAGAAAACAUUUAGGUAGUUUGUCUGUGACAAUGAUAAAUAAGAGCUGUGCCUUUAUAGUGAGUACAAAAUGUUGAAACGCGAGUGUAUGACACUAUCUAGCCUCAAUACAGUAUACCAAAUUUAAAUUUCAUACGUAUAGUUUUGUAUAAGCUCUUAUAAAAAUACCGUUAAAUACAAAAAGGUUUUUAAAGCCAA